UUCACUCAGUUUCCCUCCUGGUCCCAAACUUGGAUUUCAACUUUCUACAAGUGGCGGAGAAAGUCCCUCUGGGCUCUCUUCUUUCUCUCUGCAACUUUCCAGCUAACGCUCCCUGAGAAUGGGUGACUGGAGUGCUCUGGGUCGUUUGCUGGACAAGGUCCAGGCCUACUCUACUGCCGGGGGAAAGGUCUGGCUGUCGGUCCUCUUCAUCUUCAGGAUCCUGGUUCUGGGUACUGCAGUGGAAUCAGCCUGGGGAGACGAGCAGUCUGCGUUCAAAUGUAACACCCAGCAGCCUGGUUGUGAGAACGUCUGCUAUGACAAAUCCUUCCCCAUCUCCCAUGUCCGCUUCUGGGUCCUCCAGAUCAUCUUUGUGUCAACACCCACACUCCUCUACCUGGCUCAUGUCUUCUACCUGAACAGGAAGGAGCAGAAAUUCAACAGGAAGGAGGAGGAGCUUAAAGCCGUGCAAAAUGAUGGAGGUGAUGUUGACAUCCCGCUGAAGAAAAUCGAGAUGAAAAAGCUAAAGUAUGGCAUUGAAGAGCACGGCAAAGUAAAGAUGAAAGGUGCCCUGCUCAGAACCUAUAUAGUCAGUAUUUUCUUCAAGUCUAUGUUUGAGGUGGGCUUCCUGAUUAUUCAGUGGUACAUAUAUGGCUUCAGCCUGUCUGCAGUCUACACCUGUGAGAGGUCCCCAUGCCCACACAGGGUGGACUGUUUCUUGUCUCGUCCCACAGAGAAGACCGUCUUCAUCAUCUUCAUGUUGGUGGUGUCCCUUGUAUCCCUGCUGCUUAAUGUCAUCGAGCUUUUCUAUGUGUUUUUUAAGCGGAUCAAAGAUCGUGUGAAGGGCAAACAGCAGCCCAUGCUCUACCCCAGUGGAGGCACCUUGAGUCCCACCCCUAAAGAACUGUCCACCACCAAGUAUGCCUACUAUAAUGGCUGUUCCUCCCCGACUGCCCCACUCUCACCCAUGUCCCCCCCAGGCUACAAGCUGGCCACAGGGGAGCGGGGAACCGGCUCAUGCCGUAAUUAUAAUAAGCAGGCCAAUGAGCAGAACUGGGCCAACUACUCCACAGAGCAGAACCGGCUCGGCCAGAAUGGUGGAGGAAGCACUAUAUCAAACUCCCAUGCACAAGCCUUUGACUUCCCAGAUGACACCCAUGAGCAUAAGAAACUGUCCUCAACAGCAGGACACGAGCUGCAGCCUCUGGCGCUGAUGGACGCCAGGCCCUGUAGCCGGGCCAGCAGCCGGAUGAGCAGCAGAGCCAGGCCAGACGACCUGGAUGUGUGAGACCUGGUUCCUCCUCCCACCUCUGCCUGGCUGACGGGAUGUGCGGGUGCAGCCAGAGAAUCAGCAAACCCUCAAUCACACGGGUUCAUAAAAGAGGUGGGGCUAACCUCAAUCACUGUCUUCAGCAUAGAGACUCUUAGUCACUCGAAGAGACAUUAAAACUUGUUAUGUAACACUGUCAAAGGUACAAGUUGCAAAUAUUUUUUUUUUCUCAAUGACUUUUACCAUAACCUUUUAGUGGAGCUAACCCAGCUUUAAGCAAACAGAACAGCCACAGGAAAGGUGCAGAGGUGUGCCUUAAAACCAGUCACUGAUCAGUCUAAGAACAGAGGACCACACUGGUCAGAGUGACUCAUCUGGUUUGAAUUUGCCAAGGUUACAUUAAAGGACAAUUCUAUUUUUUUCUUGUUUUCAUAGUUUCUGCUAUUCUUCCUAUUGGUGACAGCAUUUUUACUUACCACUGUCACAGCUGGUUUCUGAAGGCAUGGUGACAGCUUUACAACAGGGUGCCUUCAUAGUUGUGUCUUAACAUGUGACCAGAUCAAAAUUAGCCUUCUGAGCUAACUCUGUUUCAUUUAGAGUUUUGUUUUGUUUCUUUUGAUUGACGAGCAUUGUCACUGACAAAUAAACUAAGAAUGAAGAUUCCAGUCGGGCAAAUCUCAGUCUCCAUACACACGUCCCUGAAUUUAGCCAAAUUAUCUACACCAUACCAUGUAGAACUGAAAGAAUAAUGUUGUGUUCACAUGUAAUUAGGCAGACGGUAGGGACCAGAUGGACAACACCUUCUUAAAGGCACGGUCUGAUGGGAUGGCAGGAAGGUAAAAGGAAACAUGUAUGAUGAUAUGCUGUGAUGGUGUAUUAUUUACAAGGAAUGGAAUAAAUUAUAUGACAUAUAACAUUUUUUAUGUAAUUUUUCUAGUAAUGCCCAGUAAUUGUCCAGAUUGCCUGUGUCUUCACCUUGUGUGAGGACGCUAUGGAACAUCUGAUUGUAAAUUCUGUCGGCAAAAAGUUAAAAUAUUUUACAUUUAAAUGGCAGUGCUACAUAUGGUAACCAUUGUUUGCCUCAAAUAAUUUUACUAUCCAGAUCUUGUCCACUAAAAUGAUAUCCCAUUUGCCAUCUACCAUCAUCCUAAUUCCAUGUGAAUGCAGCACAAGUUGAGGGUGAACCAAACUAGACUCAUAUGAAAGAUUUCAGAUCUGCCACCCGAGAGUUUAAAGUACAUACAACUUUUUGGUAAGGUUUCUUUAUGGCUCAAAACCAAAACAGAGUUUCUGUAGGAGAUGGGAUGUUUUUCUCCAUUGUUUAAGUCAUUCACUGUCUUCAUCCCCAAGAUGUAUUUCUUUUUCCACCUUAGCUCCUGAGAGAGGGAAGUCAUACACAGUAGCUGUUUGAACUAAUGGUGCUGUUUUUCAGGUGAGGUGAGCCCUGUGUGAUCACUUGGUGCACUGUUAUAAAGCUGUGCAUAGCUCAUCAGUGAGGCAUUAUUAUAACCAACAGGAAUAAUAGCCAAAAGUAUGAAAUAGAAAAAUAAAACACAAGUUGCAAUAAAACAUACACACACAAACAUGUUUGCAUUGACAGAAAGUUUAAUGGACUCUGCCACACUUGCAUUGCUUUGCUCUUACAGUUUGCUUGCAUAUUAAAGCUGCAUUUAUGUGUGAAUCAACACUAUUAAUACAUUUUCUUCAGUUUCCACUUACACCAGAACAUUCUCAUCCGAGUUCUCAAUUAAAAUCAAUUAUCAGCCACAACAAAGACAGGAAUUAUUGUCCAGACAACUAUAUGUAAAGUUUUUACCACUUGGCUCAACCUUGAUCUGUGACUUACAGGAAAGGUUUUGAGGAGAAUGCUUACAAUGAGUUGUAGUGAAUAUUUAUUGCUUGGCAUCUGUAGGACACCUACCACUAAGAGGAAAAAAUUGACUACUAUCCAGUAUCUCUUACUCACAGAAAACAUCUUACAUUAACUCCCCACAAACUGUAUAUUUAUUGACAGUAAAAAACAUUUUUCUCUCUUUAGUAACUUUGUCAGUCAGCAUGGACUGUUGUUUCCUGAUAAACUUUGAAUUUAUGUGGUGUUAUGUUUUCAUUUUGUGGUUAUAUUUGUCUUUUUUUGGGGUGUGUGUGAGAGUGGCAGGGCUGAGGGUUCAGGCUGCUGUGACACAGCAAACUCUGAUCUGCUUUUAUGUGGCUUCCAUAAAGAAAGGCUUUAUUACUGUGUGUUAUCUUUUUUUUAUCUUUCGUGGGCUGUAGAGAAAGACUAGAAUGAUUCUUUGUUUUCCAUAUUUGAGUGAAUGAUUUUUUUUUUUUUGUUCUGUAGGUAUUGUUUUGUUUUUCAGACUCAAUGUAACCAUUGCUGCUUGAGAAAUAGAUAUUUAGUACUGUAAAUCAAGCUAACUGUGUCACAAUAAAAAAAAUGUGAGUUUUUAGAAGACUGCUUAUAGAUCUGGACUAAUAUUUAGUCAGUUAUAUUAAAAUGUAUGCCAAUGUAGCUCCACAACUACCAAACACUAGGAGAAAUCUCAAUUUGGGCUCUUUUUCUUUUUAUUGUAAUUUUUUUUUUUUUAAAUUGUCAUUCGUGCAUCAUUUUGUCGGUACUUACAUGUGUCAUGGAUCUUUCAGCUACAAUGGCAUUUGCACUGAAAUCUUGGUGAUAGAGAUGUAAUAUGAUGCACACAGUUAGUGGUAAGAGUUUUCACAUGUUACUAAUUUAUUUUAUAACACAGAAAUCACUACAGUGCAUAAUAUCAGACAUCUGCCACUGGUUUCAUUGACUGGUUCUGUGAGAGAUGUCUUCCAUUGACAGAACAGGAGCAAUAGUCAUUUGUCAGACAAUGCUAAUCCAUGGGGAUCCACUGUUGUACAGUGUAAGUGCAUGAUAGCAAGACAAAAACUCAUUCAUUGUAUCUGUGAAAAGCUAUUUUAACCAAUAAAUAUUUUUCUGUCUAAAUGACUGAUUGAUUGGUAUCAUUGCAGGCCUUUCUCUUUGUCGUCACUGUGGUUUGAACAAACCGCCAGUCAGUGAAGCAGUGCUCAUUUUGACAAAAAGUAUUUAGUUUCAGGAACAUUUUGAGGUCUUUUUUUGUUUUAGAAAAGUUUUAUUUCACAAAAAAAGAACGUUUAGGCUCAAAUUGUCAGCAUUUUUUUUUUGUUAUGUAACGUCAUAACUUAAAAAUGUAAUAACGCCUGAAAAUGUACAAAGAUUUGCACUUAACAUGAAUGAAAAUGUAAUAAAACUCAACAAUGUAAUACCUUGA